GCGAACUGAACCGCCCCCGAGCCGGCCCUGCCCGGCGUCCCCUUCGCCCGCAGCCUUGACCCCGGUGGGUUCUGUGCAAGGUGGGGGAAUGACUUUUCCCCAGGGCCAGCAGCCCCCCUGAUCCCCUGCAUCCUCCCUGCAGCCUGCCCAGCCAUGGCAGCCUCGCUGAGCCGCCCCUGCUUCAUCUCCCUCCACCUGCCCUACAGGCAGGGCUGGGCCCAGCACCUGGCCAACACCUUUCGCUUCCAGCCAGUGGCCGUGCGGGAGACGCCGCGUGUCCGGCAGCUGGCCUUGCGACGGGAAUCUGCCAUCUUCCUGGUCAACGAGCGCCUGGCACCUGCCAGCACCUCAUCCCGUGACUUCCUCUACGACGUAGAUCCCCAGCCCACCUUGGGCACAGCCUCCAAUGUCUGCUUCGAGGUGGAUGAUGUGCCGGGGCUCUGCAAGCGGCUGCAGAGCCGGGGAUGCUCCUUGCUGGUGCCCCCGACUGAGCUGAGCGAUGACGGUGGUUCUGUCACCUACGGGGUGGUGAGCUCUGUCGUGGGCAACAUCAGCCACACCCUUUUGGACCGAUCCUGUUACCAGGGACCCUUCCUGCCUGGCUUCCAGCCCAUCCAAGGAGCCCCCUCAGCCACAGGGGAUGGGAUCAAGAUCACUCACUUUGACCACAUCACCUAUGUCUGCCGCCGGGGCGGGGCCCGGGCAGCUCUGGACUGGUACCAGCGCUGCUUCGGCUUCCACCGCUUCCUGCUGAAUCCCCAGGAGAGGCCGGCUGAGGGGUAUGUGCUGGGGGGGCAGGGGGUGGGCAUGCUGCUCCUCGCACUGCAGGGUGCCCAGGGCACCCCAGCACACGGCUGCAAGCUGGUCUUUGCCGAGUCCCUCUCCCAGAACGGCACCAAUCAGGUUGACACGUUCCUGGAGCAGCACGGUGGGGCUGGGAUCCAGCACGUCGGCCUCUGCACCACUGACAUCGUCAGCACGACCAGGGCUCUGCAGCAGCAGGGAGCACGGUUCUUCACGCCCCCCACCACGUAUUACAGCCAGGGGGGCAAAGCAGAGGAGAUCCAAGGAGCUGGGCAGGACCCCCACAUGCUAGCGGAGCUUGGCAUCCUCCUGGACACCACAGUGCCUGGGGACAAGGGGCAGCCAGGCACUGAUGCCACAGAGAGCCCUUCUCAGGAAUAUUUGAUGCAGAUCUUCACCCAUCCCCUCUUCUCUGAGGAGACCUUCUUCCUGGAGCUCAUUGACCGUCGGGGAGCGCCGGGCUUUGGGGAAGGCAAUAUCCGGGCACUGUGGAAAGCUGUGCAGGUCUACAUGGACCAGCAGCAGUAGUGCAAGACUGCAGUCCUCCUCCCUCAGCUCCCCAUCUUCUCCAGUCCAGCCCUGGAGCACGGACCAUAGAGAUCCCAUCCCUGGCAUGGCCCAGGUGGGCAGGGACCAAGGGAUGGCUCCAGAUCAAUCCAGAGUCAACUCAGCGUGGGAGCAGGAUGCAGGGGUCUGAGCAUGCCCCAGGAUGGGUGGGACUUCUCCCCUGCUCUGGGUUCCCAGUGAUUUACCAACCACAUGAGAAGAACUUUCUGCCUUAGUUUCAUCUUAAUUUAUUGAGACUUGAGCCUGGGGCAUGGCCAAGAGUGCGCUGGCACAGAAACAGCCCCAGAUGUAGAGAGACGAGGGGCUGCCCGAGGGGAGUGGAUAAUCUGGAGCUGCUUUCUGGCAGUUACCACCCAGAGCAUGACCAGGGGGGCGAGUGUUGGCCUCUUGCUCCUCUCAAUUAAAGAAUUCACUUACAA